UUGACGCCAAUAAUCCCAACUUCACACUGACAGAAAACGACAUGUGAAUUUCUGUUCCAUGGUAUUUUGAUCAGUUGAAGGGCUAUUGCUUUUCAGAAUGUCGUAGGCUUUCCUGUCUGUGACAUUUCGCACAACUUUCGAUCUUAGAAACCCAGAACUGAUCGGACCUGGGAUCCAGCUUAUGAAAAUGAUAGCUACCAAAUGAUCAAGUGAGUUCCAUCCCACUCAGAAACGAAGCAGAAUGGCGUCCACAGGACAAACGGAAAGCACUGACACCCAAGAAUCUUUACUUCAUGAUGCGGCAAGGCUUGGUCACACGAAAAAGUUGAAAAGGAUAUUGACAAAAGGAAUAAGUGUAGAUUUUCCAAACACCUCUGGCCAGUCCCCUCUGUUUAGUGCAUGCUAUAAUGGUCAGCUGUCUGCAGUUCUCUGUUUGCUGAAGCAUGGAGCAAAUCCAAACGAGAGAUCAGUGGAUGGUGCCACUCCAGUCCAUGCAGCAUGCUACAGCUGUAAUGUGAAAAUAGUAAGCAAGCUGUUGGGAUCAGGUGGUGACUUGCGACUUCACGACAACCUUGGGAGGACACCUAAGGACUGGAUAAUGCUCCAGAGUGAACCAAAGAAGAAAUAUAAGAUGAUUGAGUUCAUUGAGAAGACAAGAUAUUUUGCCAUGGGUGGAAACAGUAAAGAAUCCAUCAAGGGUUCCUCUAGCAUUCUAGACAGGGCAUCAGACCAUACCAGCUCUGUGAUCCGAUUUGUAAAGGGAAAAAUUAAGCGAGACACACCCUCAACGCAGACUAGCGAUGCAAGAAGUGUCCAUAGCAUGGGAUUUGGAAAGGUGUAUUUGGACAGUGAGUCUUGGCAAGGUAUGAUUUCUAUUGUGCCACUGGUUGGAGAAAGCAGUCUUAGGCAUGACAACAGCGGCUUCACCUUUAACAAUGGGUCUUUCAUGGUUAUGGAAAGCAUGAUAUGGCUGGACACUGAUGUAACCGUGAAAAGACUUCACAGGAAACCACAAGAUGGAGGACAUGUGGACCUUCUUAUCAAUGAAAGUGAAUUUAUGGGAAAAAUUCAUCAUCCAAAUGUGUUAUUAUUCAUGGGCAUUUGUCAGACAAACAAUCUGGAUGGCUUGGUGCUCCUAUAUGAAAGGAUUAGCUGUGGCUCUCUGUUUCAUUACCUUCAUGACCGGUUUGAAGGAGUGUCAUAUACAAACUUUGUUCAGUUGCUGCUGCAGAUCUGUGGUGCUCUUGUUUUCAUUCACCGACACAAUCUGAUACACUGCUCUGUAUCAUCUCAUGCGGUCAACCUUAUUACACCAACUUAUGCAAAACUUGGGAACUUUGAAUACAUGGUGGAAUGUUCACCGAAUUUGCCCCAGAAGAAGAGCUUGGCCAGCACCAACACAUUCCCCAACGCUGUAUACAACUGGCUGGCCCCAGAAUUAAUGGAAGACCAGCCACCGGUGAUGAUGUCAGAUAUGUAUGGCCUCUGUAUGGUCAUAUAUGAAGUGUUUGAAGACAAGAUACCCUGGGAAGACUGCAGUGCUGGUUUCAUUAAGCAGAAACUUGUAACUGAAGGAUAUUCCAUCUCAUGUAAAUCUCAUAAUAUUCCAAAACUGUUCCAAGCUGUCCUAGAGUUGGGAUUACAGUUUGAAGCCAAAAAACGCAAACUUACAUUUGAGCAGCUGCAGCAUUUACUGGUGACAUUGUCUAGGAGAGAAGACUUCACCAAAGCCAAGUCAGACUGUGACCCUGAGAGUCCUGGCCUAGUAGCAGUUUCCCCUGUACAAGGAAACGCAGGGCCCAGCACUGUGACAGAUCAAGUCUCAGAGGAACAUUAUAACACAGCUUCACAGGAUGACGGGCAGACGCAGAUGGUACUCUCAGGCCAGAUCACCAUACCUGAUAUCCACAAUGUUCAUUGUGAUAGAUCUGCCAAUAACUCCUCAUCAGAUUUCGCACAGUAUGAUGAACCAAGUUGCCAGGGAGCAUCGGACAGCUGUAGUCAUGCAGAGAUGUGCCAAACAUCAACAGCAAAGCAAUCUUCUGCCAGUACAAGCAAAGCGCUACAGCUAUCCUCUACCAGCUUAAAGCCAUAUGCCAGGUCUUCUUUCCUCCAGGCUCAUCCCAGUGGCAGUGUGGACAUGUACAAGGAUAAAGAUGACACCUUUCACUACUCAGUGUGCCUGUCAAGAAAGACAUCCCGGGUGCAGCUAUCACCCCGAAACAGUACAGGGUCUCCUUCCACUCUGCCAAGAUGCAAGAGGCCAUCAUUUCAUGGGGAAAUUCACAGAAAAAUGUCAUCUGAAAAAAGGCAUAUGUUACCCAGCUCACUCUGCAGUGAUCAGAAUAUGGAAAGCUUGGUAAACAGUAAGUCAGGAGCUGAGGAUUGUUCCCAGUCCACUUCACAUUACACCUCUAUGCCGUCUGUCAGCACAUUUCAACAGAAUGAAAGUUCAAGCCCUAGUGCUCUGUACAAAGCAGUGUCAGGCAUAAAUCAACCAAAGCAACCUGUGGAGAUUGUCAGAGAUAUCAAAGCUGAGUUGGCAAAGUCAAGAGAAAGAAAAGCAGAGGCCAACCCAUUCCGAACCCCAACACGUAGCAAUACUGUCAGUUGUAAUAUAAAGCAGUCCCCACCUGUCCUAGCUAGUUACUCGAAUCUGAGGUCAAGCACCUAUCAUGUCAAGCCAGCCAUCAAGCCUGCUAGUCAUGGUUCAGAGGCCCACAUGUGGGAAAAUUUUCCCACUAGCAACAUAAACAUACCACUUUCAUCGCCAAAACACAGCCCACAUGCUUCCCUGAAAAAACCAGAAAGUACAUCCCCAGCCCAAAGUGAAAAGGGGGAAUCACCAGUAAACCCAGAAAAGUCAUGUGAUACACGUUGGUUCGGAGGAUUGGGUAGUGUUAAAAAUCUGGUGAAGAAAUACCAGGCAGAAACUGAUCUGCACCAGACUAAACAAGCUGUAUUAGAAGGUAAACUCACAAGCAGUCCGUGUCAUAAGCAGGAUCAUCCAAGUGGCAUGUUUAGGGGAACAUUACUUCUGUGUCAAACCAAAGUUUCAGUAAAUAAAAGUGGGACACCAGGAAAAGGACCAUCAGAAAAACAGAUUUCUCCUGAGAAUCUGGAAGAACACAAGAUUGACUCACACACAUGUAGUGCAAGUACAUCUGUUGCUGAAUCUGAUAAAUGCAGCAUAGAUAGCGACGAUUCCGGUGAGAUCUUAGCUUGGGUGAAGUAUCACCUGGAAAGAAUCAAGGAAAACAUGACACAUGAAUGUCCAAAGAGCAGCCAACCAACGCUUCCUACGGCAUCUGUUUCAUUUCCACCUAAUGUGGAUUACAAGGAAACAUCUGGGUUGAGCAAGCUGAGUUCUGAACAAGACCUGCAAAUAGAAGUCCUUCCCAACACGGGCUCCUUUUCUAACAACAAAUUAGAGAUUGAAUUUAGCAACACAACUACAGCAACAUCAAGUGGACCAAUAGUAGCUGAGGAUCAACCAGAGUCAUCAACAACAGUACUAUCAAGUGAAAAGAUGCCACAUGAGAAGCCCGAACCAGAAGAGUUCUACUUUGAUGAUGUUAUCCAGCCUAGCUUGCUUUAUGCUAAACACCUCAAAUUACAAGGCACAUCUUCUGUUCCUGACAACACAAGCAGUAUUGCACGAACAGUCCAAAGAGGUAGAACAGCAUCAGAAGAUCGACGUAAGGAAAUGAAACAGCAAAGUGUCAGCAGAGUUCGAGCCCCAGGGCAUAAUCCGGACCCUGCCGAGGAUUCCGUAGCCAAAGCUCAGGUUGGUGAGCCAGCGCCUCAUGCUGAAUCCAAUACAGCACAGAUUGUGGAAACAGACCACUAUGGCCAUACUACCAUUUUGUCAGUUCGCUCCAGUGGCAAGCUGCCUGGAAAACAUACUAUUACGCACACCGAGACAGACCUGAAAACAGGUAUAACAGAAACUGUCAGCAAAGGUACUGUCCGUGCUCAGAAGGUUGUAUCACAGGUGUAUACAGAGUGACAAGCUCCAAGAAGAUUGAUAAGCCCCUAGGAAACCAGAUCUUUUAGUAGGAAACUCAUUUGGACACUCAUUUGAUCGUUUACUCUGGAAGUUUUAAUUCAGGCUGCACGGCUGUCCCAUACACUCCAUAGAUGCAUGGUGAUAUAAGUUGUGAACAAGUUCCACCACUGACGUGAUUUAUACAUCGAUGUUAUCCGUGUUUGUUUUGGUUAAAUAAGCAGUUUUACUUGCUCGUGAAAGUUUAAAAAUUUGUCCUUUCACCAAGAGCUGUGUAAUAAAUACCCUAUAAAAUGUAAAAAAUGCUA